AUGGAAAGUGAGAGAAAAACUAACGAAGUUGAUGAUAGUAUUUCCAUGGAAUCCAUUGUUGUAGACAAUGGCGGUAUUGUAGAAAAAUUGAAAAACAACAUCGCAAAAAAGCUUCUCCAUGAUUCGCCAUUGCCAGCAUCCAGCUGCAUCUUCAGAGUUCCCCACCAGGUUCGGCGACAAAACGUACAAGCAUACGAACCUGACAUCGUCUCAAUCGGACCCUUUCACCGUGGCCGCAGUGGCAAUCAAUUCCGACUCAUGGAAAAUGUGAAGGGCUGGUACUUACAGCGCCUUCUCUCACAAGCAAACCUAACUUUGGAAACCUUGAUCAAAGGUGUCAUGGAUUUGGACAAGCCUGCUCGCAAUUGUUACGCAGAGCCAUUGGAUCAUCUCAACAAGAUAGACUUUGUUGAGAUGAUGGUACUCGACGGAUGCUUCCGAAUCGAACUAUUUCGGAGACUUUACAUCCUUGAACUAGACGAGAACGAGAACGACCCUGUUGAACUAGACGAGAACGACACUGUUGAACUAGAAGAGAACGACCCUGUUUUCCAUGUACCCUGCAUGCUGGGAUAUCUUCAGCAUGACAUUCUCCUGCUAGAAAGUCAGCUCCCAUGGUUUGUUCUCGAGCGGUUAUACGAUAUAACCACCGUGAAGAAUACUUCUAGCGAAGGAAAUGCUAUCUUCCUAGCCGACCUUGUCGAACACUUCUUCAGCCAAUUCAUUUGGGGCGAUGGUACUGGAUUCCGAAAAAUUCUGCAUCCCUCUCCCAAUAUCCUGCACAUACUUGAUCUCAUGAGAACCCUGAUCGUUAUGCCGAUUGAAAAUUCUUUCCGAAAUGGACAUAAAGUUCAAAAAGGGGUGCUCACUAUUCCACCACUAGAAAUUCACGAGCUGACAGGACCGCUCUUCAGGAACCUCAUCGCCUUCGAGCAAUGCUACGACUUCGACCUGAUGAUAACGUCUUACGCCGUCCUGAUGGAUAAUCUCAUCGAUACGAGCAAGGACAUCGACCUUCUUUGCGAGAAGGGAAUACUGACAAACUGGUUGAGCCCGGAAGAUGCUGCACAGUUCUUCAACCAUCUGCACAGUGACACGGUGGUCAUCAGAUUCUACUACGGGGGACUCUGCGAUGAUGUGAAUCAGCAUUACAACACUAACUGGAACAAGUGGAUGGAAAAGCUGAGGCGCGAGUAUUUUGGUACGCCGUGGGCGAUUAUUUCUUUGGUUGCGGCGUUUAUUCUGCUGGUUCUCACAAUGUUGCAGACAGUAUACACAAUUCAUCAGUAUUAUCAUCCUCCUGAGUAG